AGAGAGAGAACGAGGGAGAGAGGAGGAGAGGGAGGGAGAGAGAGAGAGAGACCUCAUUUCCACUUUGAAGAAAAAAAAUAAAAACGACUCUGCGCUGCACUGCUGCUUUCGUCCAUUCACAAAAUCAUACAGCAGGAAUACGAACGAAAAGGAAGCAGAAACCAAAAGGCAAAAUCUUUUCACUUCCCCUGAAUAGACCUCUGGAGCGGCUGGACCAGGCAUGGGGACGUCCCGAGAGCAGAAGUGGAGCAGGGAAUACCCUACUGACCCGAACACCCUGCAGGGGGACCCCAAAUGCCCCCAAAACCCAGCCAGGACCAUCACAGAUAUCCAGGGAAGGACCUCUGACCACUAACACAGCUUUCUUUCAGCUGCUGAAUUGGUCACAGGCACAGCGGCAGCAGCGGAUCAUCCCGGGACAGAGCGUGUCCGGUCGUGGUGUGAUGUUGUGGGCAGUGCGGAGCGUCCCAGGACUGGGCCGGGGGGGCACCGUGCUCAGGUGGCUGCGGGGCAGAGUGUGUCGCAGGAGCACGCUGAUCUUCAUCCUGCUGUGGCUGGUCUCCUGGUUGUCCCUCAGCGGUCUGCUCUUCGUCCACAGGAGCAUGUUUUCUGACCUCUGCACGGAUGACAAGAGCAGGAGGAUCCUCCAGAGAGUGUGUGAGGAAUACCAGCAGGGUGUCCUAACGGGUGACCUAUGUGAGGACCUUUGUGUGGGCGGCCAUGUGGAAUACAAGCGCUGCCUCUACUACGAGAAUGGCAAGAAAGUCAUGGCGGCCAGCUGGCGAGGCUUGCCGGUGGUUCUCAAAUCAAAGCUGGAGAACUUCUCCUCCUAUGAAGCUCUGGCUCUGCUGGAGUACCAGGAUGGGGCAGGAGGCACAGGGGGUGAGGAGGAGCUUUCACCACUGGAUGUGGUCUUCUAUGCCACUUUGGAGAUUAAGAACUCACUGGGCUUGGAGGCGGAGACUAACCUGAGCCUGCCUCGGUUCUGGAGCCAACGGCUGAAGGAGAGGGAGCAGCCAUACACUCGGGCUGAGCUGGCCUCGCUCUGGGCUCUGCUGCAGCAGGAGGAAUACACCUUCCUCCGUGUGAUGCAGGACCUGACUGACCAUGUGGCUAAGGUGCUGGGCUCCUGUGGCCAUUUCUAUGCAGUAGAAUACCUUGCAGCUGGACAUGCUUGGGACCAGAACAUUUUCUCAAUAGACGAUUUUUCUCAGAGCCCGCAGGAUGGGCCAGGAAGGACACUGAUGGAGGUGGACAUGGUGCCCCGAGUGGCCCUCAGCUUCUUGGACAUGGUGGGGCACUUUGAGAAUGACUUUUCUCAUCAUUUACACCUUUGCGACAUUAAGCCUGAAAACUUCGCCAUCAGGAAGGACAUGACGGUGGCGGCUAUAGAUGUGGACAUGGCCUUUUUUGAGCCCAAAAUGCAGGACAUUCUCGAGCAGAACUGCACCAAUGACAAUGACUGCAAUUUCUUCGACUGCAUCUCCAAAUGUGACACAAAGAGAAACAAGUGCGGGUCAAGGCGCCAAAACAGCAACCUUCAGGUGAUCUGUGAGAAGAUUUUCCGUUCCUGGUUCUCUCCCACGCUCCUGGGGGAUAAAGCGGAGCGCCCCCUGCAGUUGGAGCUCCAGCAGGCCGUGCAGGAUUGUGUGGAGACGGAGGGAGGGGAGGAGGUAGAGCGUGCCCGGGCCAUAAGGCUAAAGCUUCAGGGCCUCCUCACGCAGCUCAUCCAGGAGGAGCUGGUUAAUCACCAGAGCCAAAAGCAAGCCCGUGAAACACACCGUGUCCAUACAGCGCUGAACUUUUGAACUAAUAAAGGUUGUGUUACCUUUGACUUACUGACUGAGAUAGGACACCAGUCAAUAUCAGUGUUCUUAUUUUUAAAUUGUACUGUUUAGCACAAACAGGAGAACUAUCCAACUAUCCUGUGGGGUCUGGUGCUGUGAGGAAAUCCAGGCAUUUUGUUUCAUCUUGGGAAAAUUCAUUUGACCAACUCUAUGGGCUUAUUUCACAUAUUUGGCAUUUUGGCCUACAACCAAGAAAAAAGCUGACCCGGUGACAAAGCUCAUACUGUUGUGUACUAUCUUAGCAAAGGAGAGGACGUGUCUUUCCACUGGUUUCCAAAAAACACAGAAGGAGAACAAUUCAAAGAAUCCUAAGGUAAGAAGAGUUAGCUGAUGUUAGCUUUUAAGCUAAAUCCACAAAUGACAUUUUAGAUCAAUAUAGAAGCAUCUUCAGAGAAAUACAUAAGGGAUUUAACGAGCUAGUAAGCAUCGGCUAACACGUAUUGUUCAUUUUCACUUUCCCUGACUUCUAGCUACAAAUCUAGCUACAGCUAAUGCUGGUGUGCAUUAGCUGGUUUGCAUCUCCACUUCUUUAACCACUGCGCCAUUAUCAUUCAGGAAACUCAGCAAACGCCAAGUAUUCCAAUACUUCUAUUGGUUUUAGUCAGUACUUAAUUUGAUGAAGGUUUUCGGUUGCUGGUUUAUCUUUAGACUGCACUAGCACUAACAACAUUGGGCGGCAUUUGAAUUCUUUUAAAGGAGAAUUAAAAGGUUUAUUCAAGGAAAUACUGGACUGUAAUGUGUUUGUAUAGAACAAGCUCUGUCUGUAAGUGUAAGAGAAUAUAUCAAUAAACUGAACUUUCAUCA